AUGUCAUUUUGGAGAGCUCCUUCACGGUAUUUCUUCUCCCGAUUUCCUUUGUUUUCUGCGGCUUCUACGUCUUCCUUCCUUCUUCCUCCCUCACAUGCCCCGACUCUCCGUUUCUGUUUCCAUUCCAAUUCGACAAAUCCUCAGAAUAUUGAAGAGGCCGUCUCUUCUUUUAAUCGCUUGCUUCAUGUGCGCCCCCGAACCUCGAUGAUACAAAUUAAUAAGAUCUUAGGAGCUCUUGCAAAGUUGAAACAUCAUCGAACAGUUAUCUCCCUUUUUGCACAAGCGGAAUCUAAGGGAUUCACGCCAACUCUGGUAACGCUGAACAUCUUGAUUAAUAGUUACUGCCAUUUGGGUCAAAUGGCUUCUGCUUUCUCUGCCUUAGGCAAGAUUCUUAAGAUGGGCUGUCAGCCAGAUACGAUUUCUUUGAACACACUGAUGAAGGGCCUUUGCAUCAAUAAUGACGUUGGAAAGGCCUUGGAUUUUCAUGACGAUCUGGUAGCAAAAGGAUUUCAGUUAAAUGCAAUUAGCUAUGGCACACUGAUCAAUGGACUAUGUAAGACUGGAAAAACAAGAGCUGCCAUUAAAUUCCUCAUAAAAAUGGCGAGAGGGCCAGUUAAGCCUAACUUAGUUAUGUAUAGUACGAUUAUUGAUGGCUUUUGCAGGGAAAGACUCAUAACUGAAGCUUGUGAUUUAUUUCAUGAAAUUAUUGAUCACGGAAUAUCUCCUAAUGUUGUAACCUGCAGCUCUUUGAUACAUGGUUUUUGUGUCAUGGGUAAACAGGCAGAAGCUACAAAAGUGUUCAAUGAAAUGAUACUUCAAGGCAUCAACCCUAAUGUGUAUACUUUUAGCAUAUUGGUUGAUGCAUUUUGUAAGGAAGGAAGUAUGACUAAAGCUGAAGCUUUUGUUGCUAUGAUGAUGAAGUAUGGUACAAUGCCUAAUCAUUUUACUUACAACUCUUUAAUGGAUGGUUACUGUUUGAUCAAUAAUGUUGGUGAGUCAAGAGAAUUACUCAAUAAGAUGGUCAAUAGUGGUUUGGCUCCUGGUAUUAUUACUUAUAGCAUUAUGAUUAAUGGACUUUGUAAAAUCAAGAUGGUGGAUGAUGCCGUGAAUCUCUUUAAAGAAAUGCGUCAUAAAAGCUUGACUCCCAAUACUAUCAUCUAUAGUUCCCUUAUCGACGGUUUGUUCAAGUCAGGCAGAAUCUCUGAUGUGCAAGAUGUUAUUUAUGAGAUGCAUGUUAGUGGCCAUACUCCUGAUAUAAUAUUUUACAGUAUUUUAUUAGAUGGAUUGUGCAAAAGUCAACAUCUUGACCAAGCAAUUGCAUUAUUUAAGCAAAUUGUCAACCAAGGAAUUGGGCCUGAUACUUACACAUAUACCAUACUUAUUGAUGGUUUGUGUAAGGGUAACAGAUUAAGUGAUGCGCAACAGAUUUUCCAGCUUCUUUUGGUUAAUGGUUAUCCUUUGAAUGUCCAAGCAUAUAAUGCUAUGAUCAAAGGACUUUGUACAGAGCGUUUAUAUGAUGAGGCAAAGGCCUUGCUCUAUAAAAUGAAAGAGAAUGGAUGCGUACCUAAUGCUAUAACUUUUGAAACACUUAUUAUACCUCUUUUGGAAAAUGGUGAGAAUGAUGAGGCAAAGAAUCUUAUCGACAAGGUAUUCAUCAAGGUCUCUUGA